AUUUUUUCUCACGCACCGCCCAAGAACGAAAGUGAAAAUGGACUUUGACCAAAUGUUUAUCUUUGUUUACCUCAUGUUUGCUAGUGUUUGGUUGACACUCGGUGAGGAAUGUAAAAAGGUGGAAUCAGACAAUUGUAGUUGUAGAACAUCGAAGGGGACGGUAGACCUGCACAAAAUACCGAAUUCCAUUUUAUCAAUCGCUAAUGGUACCUAUACAUAUCAGUAUAAGCCCUGUGAAUCUUUACAAGAGGAAUGUGGAGGUGUGACUGGAGGGGUAGCAGCAUGUCAAAGGUCAGGGUCAGAAAGUUACGACAUUGGCAAUACUGUCCCAGUUACAUUCGCAGGAGAUCCUGAUAAGAAUUUACGAGCAGUUUACACAGCCACAGACCCAGCCACUCAUACAGUCAGAAUAUCAAUAUUCAGCAUCAAAUGUGAUAGAAGUACAACAGGAAAACUGACAUCAGUAAAUGAAAAUCCUACAAACACAUAUAAUUUUGAGUUACGAACACAGUAUGCAUGUUUAGGCAGCUCAGGAGGAAAUACUCCCAGCAAUAAGAAGAUCAGCACCGGUUCUGUACUGCUCAUAAUAUUCUUUGUCUUUUUGGCUAUUUACUUUAUCGCUGGCAUAUUAUUUCUGAAGUCUGCUCGUGGAGCCACUGGGACAGAGCUGAUACCAAACUAUGACUUCUGGACCUCACUUCCAGGCUAUAUCAAGGACGGAGUUAUGUUUACAUGCCGAGGUUGUAAAACAGAAUCCUCAUAUUCUCAGAUCUGAAUACCGAAGUGCUUUUCUCUUACAGUGGUAUGACAAAGUGAGGGUCCAUUGUAGAACUUUUUCAUCUUAUACAUCAGUUCCAUUCCCAGUAUUUUAUUUUCAUAUUUUGCACAUUUUGUUGGCUCAUUGAGGAUUGAAUGCUGUACUGCAAUAACUUGUAAGGAAAGAAAAAGAAGAAAUGACAGCAUUGUGUUUACACCAAAUUUAUGCAAGGGAUCAGCCAGCAAUUACCAUUAUAUCAUACCAAACUAAAUUUAGCAAAUGGUUUGUAUCUUCAGGCCAUAUUGCUUCUCUUAAUUUGUUAGUUUAAAACAGUUAUGAGGGUAAGCAUGACAAACUUGGGUGUCUGAGCACAGCCUUGAAAAAAGCAAGUGGUAAUGUUCUUUCUUUGACAUUUUUUGAGGCCAAAACUUUAAAUUAUUGGAAUUAUUUUAGAUGGCAGACUAUUUUCGAACUAUGUCAAACUUGUUAAAGAAAUAGGACUAUUUUUAACAUAACUAUCUAGUGUGAUAAUUUAAACAGUAUAGGAGUAUUUAUAUUUAUUAUAACAGUAAUAGCAUUCUUCAUGGUGAUUAGUUUUAAAAAUUGGGAUAAUUUAUAUCAAAAUAAUAGCAGUUUCCAUCAUGAUAAUUUCUGAUUUUGGAGGAUUUUAUGACACAGUUUAUUAAGUGCCUUGUUGUUAGUGUGAUUACUUGGUGUUUUAUUUUGAUUUUUUUUUUUAAGUUAAAGGUCCAUUACUAAGGGAAAGUGAGUUGGCAAUUUUUUUCAUAGCCAGUGCAUAGACUUCUGCAAGACACUAAAUAAUGAAGAUUGGCAGGUCAAAAUUUACAGGUCUUUGGAACUCAAAGAAAUGUAUGUGUAUUAUGUUGAAAUUUCAAUGAAUCGACAGAAUGACCCCCCAGGUCUUUUUAACUUUCUUCAUACUUCAUAGAAAAAUAAUUGUACAUAUACUGCGAUUUAUUUCAAAUUUCUACAUUACCAACUUUCAUUUUCCAAUAAAAUGAAAUAGUUUCUGUGCUUUUUAAAAGAAAUUAAAAUGUUCACUUUCCUUAGUAUUGGACCUUUAAGCACUACUGUACAAAGGAAGUAAAUCUAAUCCAACUGUUGUAUUAAAGGUACUCUGACAACUUCGAAAAAAAUGUUAAAAUUCAGUGAAACUUAGAUAUUAUUGAAUCUCGCACAUCUGUUUUUCCUUUCAGUAUGUUCAGGAAUAUUUCUUUAAGUACAUGUAUAUGAUAUAUUUGGUUAUUUAGAUUAUGUUAUUGUUUUAUUUAAUUGGGACUUGAGUGUGAGGGCCAUUAUGAAAUGACUGUUUGAUCCACCCGAUCCAUAAAACGGUUUUUAUGCCCCCGAAGGGAGGCAUAUAGUUUUUGAACCGUCUGUCGGUCUGUCAGUCUGUCCGCAAUUUUCGUGUCCGGUCCAUAUCUUUGUCAUCGAUGGAUGGAUUUUCAAAUAGCUUGGCAUGAAUGUGUACCACAGUAAGACGACGUGUCGCGCGCAAGACCCAGGCCCGUAGCUCAAAGGUCAAGGUCACACUUAGACAUUAAAGGAUAAUGCAUUGAUGGGCGUGUCCGGUCCAUAUCUUUGUCAUCGAUGGAUGGAUUUUCAAAUAACUUGGCAUGAAUGUGUACCACAGUAAGACGACGUGUCGCGCGCAAGACCCAGGUCCGUAGCUCAAAGGUCAAGGUCACACUUAGACGUUAAAGGAUAGUGCAUUGAUGGGCGUGUCCGAUCCAUAUCUUUGUCAUCGAUGGAUGGAUUUUCAAAUAACUUGGCAUGAAUGUGUACCACAGUUAGACGACGUGUCGCGCGCAAGACCCAUGUCCGUAGCUCAAAGGUCAAGGUCACACUUAGACAUUAAAGGUCAUUUUUCAUGAUAGUGCAUUGAUGGGCGUGUCCGGUCCAUAUCAUUGUCAUUCAUGCAUGGAUUUUAAAAUAACUAUGCAUGAAUGUGUGAAACAGUAAGACGACGUGUCGCGCGCAAGACCCAGCUCCGUAGGUCAAAGGUCCUAAACUCUAACAUCGGCCAUAACUAUUCAUUCAAAGUGCCAUCGGGGGCAUGUGUCAUCCUAUGGAGACAGCUCUUGUUAAUCCUUACCCUACUAAAUUUCUAUAAUGAACUUUACCACCCUUCAAUUUGGACAGUACCAUUAACUGUUAAAAGGGGUGCUUACCAAAAAGAUACUGACCGAAUGGCGAACAGUGCAGACCAUGGUCAGACUGCAAGAUCCAAAUAUUAGGUAAACAUCAUUCUGCAGGUCGUAAGGGUUGUUAGUACCAACUGUUCCAAUUUGAAGAUAUUUUUAAACAUUUUAGUUUCCUGAGCAAAACUCUUUAAUUUACAUAGGUGAUUUUAGGCCAGACUUUUUUUUAAUAAAAAUUUCAUGAUGAUGUAUGUACCGUUUCAUUCCAAUCCAGCAACAAAAAUGGUGUAAAAAAAUAUUAAGACUAAAAGACUUGAAUACAAUAGAAAUACCCUAUCAAAGUUGUUUUUGUCAAUAAAGUCAAAACUUAUUAAAAUAUUUUGAAAUUUGAAGAGUUCCUGUUGCUAUCCUCUGAGUUAUUUGGAAAUAUCUAAAAUGUCUAUGGUAUUGCCGGAUUUUUAAUAUAUAAAAGAGAAAUUAAAGGAAAAUUUUUGGUACAGAAAAGGUGAAUCAAACAUAAUGGCCAGAAAGUGUUAUUAUGUUGAAUGUUUAACUUUUAUUGUAUACCUGUGCAUUAUGUUUAUCAUAGCAAAUCAUUUUUUUUAGAUCAUAUCUUCAUUUUUCUUGUUUUCUACAAAUUUUUAUGUAUCAAUUUCAUUGAUUCAUUCAUCUGUAGUUCAAGCCAUUUGAAAAUAAAUGUACCAUCUUCUUACCAGUCACAUUUACCUUAUUUAUAUGACAUUUUUAGAACUAGCCGGCUUUUUUGUUAACCGGCAACAUUAUAGUUAUAGUGUGUGAGGUAUACUGCACAAUUAUCAGUCCCUCAGUGGCUGCUGCAAUGGCUGAAAAGACAAUUUUGUUACUAUUUAUUGUAAGGUCUUACAUAAUGACUGUAAAAAAACCUCUGUUACUCUCUUGAUUUGCAUUCAGAAAUACUGUGAAUGUUGAAAGAUUGUUUUUUGAUUAAUGUCUAAUUGUUAUACAUUUCAUGACUGACUGGUUCAAACCAGGUCUGCCAAUCUUUAAAUGGUUGUUUUCUGUGCUACCAAAGGGUCUUGUAGAUUCAGUUAAGUAAAAUUGUGUCUUAUUAUCUGAUGCUACCAGACUGUAUCAAUAGUAUCUUACUAUUUUCGACUGUUUCUGUUAAAUUUAUCAGUCUUGAAUGAGCAGUUAACACAGUUUAAUAGUUAUAGGUUAUUAGCUUUGUAUCGGGAAAUAUGCAAGUUCUUCAGCGGAAAUAUUGCGCGACUUUAGGAGCUGAAGAAUGAUUACAUAUUUCAUGAUGCAAAGAUAACCUUUUUAUUACAUACGCAUCUACAUGUAUAAAAUAUUAUGUAAGUAUCAUAUAUAUGUUGAAUAGGAUUGACAAUACUGAACUAAAUAGAAAAAAUAGUGCAACAACACACACUGAAUUACGUCACGCACCCGAUAUGAAAUUCAGGCGUCAGUGUAUGGAAAAAUAUUGACUUUUCUGGUACCAGUGUAACUUAACGGGAAAUAGAAACGAGUAUGUAAUAAUAUGCUGUAUUGAUUUAUGUGCUAUAUGUUACACAGAAAAACUCAAUAAGGCACUUCUUAUCAAGCAUUGUAGGAGGCCUUUAGAAGUUGUCCUCUGUGAACCUGUUAGAUCUGUAGGCUAAUAAGCUUAUUACAGUGAAGUCUCAUUUUAGGUGUACAAUUAAGACUGUUUUUCAAAACUGAUGGAUUUAUUUCCAUAACAACAUCUCUGUUUUUGCUCUGGAUCUGAUUGUAUAAAUCGUUCUGUUUUGUUUUUUGCGUAAAAAGCAAUCUCUUUUGACAUAAUUAACAUUAUACAUGUGUACAUUUGAUUUAUGCUUUGGGCUGUUUUAAAAUGCAUGUAUUUCUGUUCGUCUUGCUUUGAAAUACACUGCUCAGGGUAUUUGAAAGAAUUUCAGCACAUAAAAGUAUGAGAUUAUGGUUGAGUUAUAAGAAAAAAGGAAAUUUAAGACCAGUUUUUAAAUUCAGUUUUGAUGAAAGUGACUUACUCAGUAGACAUUGGAAGGAUACGUAGCAUAGGGUGAUUUUGAAAAUUUAAUUGUGUCUUUAAUUUCUUACAUUAGUUAUCGGAUAUCUGGAAUAUGUGUUGUGCACCCAUCCUAGAUGUAUGUUAGAGUUUAUUAUUGUUUGUCUCUCCUUCAUGCGGUCAUUGUUCACAGGUUUGACUGUAGUUAAAUACAGGAGAAUACAGUGAAUAUACCUUGUGUCUCAGGAGCAAAAUACACAAGAUUAUAUUUGACAUUAGCAACAAAUAUUCCAUCAGGAAGCAGCUCAAGACAAUAAUUCCUGGUGUUAUCUGAUCCUUAUUUUCACAUUACUUGUCAAGAUAUAACUUAAGGAACAGUGACAGCUGGCAAAUUGAGAGCCUCGGUAAUUUAUCUGAAAACGAAUUCAUAGUAUUCUAAAUGUAUUUCGUCUACUGGGGCAACAUUUUUAAUGGUAGAAAAGAGUGUUGCCGGUUUUAUUUUUUUCAAUCACAUUAUUUUCUUAAGUGCUAAAUUUAUUUAAAUUUGUUAUUAAUUCAUAUAUACAGAGUUAUGUAUAAUAUAUGAAAGACUGGUUACAUGUUUUGUAAACAUGUGUUUGAUGAUUUAUGGUAAUGUUAUUAUAAUAAUAAUAAUAAUUAUAGUCAUCUAGACAAAGUCUGUGCACUCACAGUAAAAGAAAUAAGAUAUUUUACUGUAAGGCUGAAAACUUGCUGUAUUUGAAUUAGAGUCAAUUCUGUGACACAUAGCAUAUUUUUUGCAAUGUGUGGCUGGCUAUUUAUAAAAAAAAAGCUAAUACUUCUGAAUAUUUGAGUUUGGAUAUAUGAAAAACUUAUAAAAAUAGUGUAUAUGAAUCAUUCACAAAAAAUUCUGAUUCUUUGGAAUUCUAUUCUAUUCUGUCAAAGGAAUAACGUUUGACAUUCCUUUUUUUAAAAAAUGAAACAUGGAAGUUCAAGAUAGAUUUUGAAGAGGAAAUUGCAUAGUUUCUUUGAAUGUGUGAACAGUAUUGUGUCGAUUGUCAUGGAUAUUUUAUUGCAUGUGGUAAGAUUGCUCUUUCAGGGGAAAAUUUCUUUUCAGUAAAAUUUGUUUUGCAAUCUAAUAUUACAUGGCAUUAUCUGUACAAAUAAGGAUACUUUGUUUUGAUAUAAUAAAAGUGUUUUAUUUGUCAAAGAUGGGGGGAGAGAGUGUAGGGAGAAUUUUUCAGACAUUCCAUAAGAAUAAAUAUGAGUUAAUGUGUUGUUUUUACACGAAAGUGUUAGUAGAAAAUGUGAUCUUUAGAACAAUGUAAAUAUUACAGAGAUGUUUAAGAAAGGUAUUUUUACUGAAGGUUUAAAUAUGACUACAGUGGAGACUGUUUCAAGAGACCGACUUUGGGAAGCAGCAAAAAAGGUCACAAAUGACAGGGAGUCUCUUAGAACAGUUUCACUUAACUGGAUGAAGCUGGUUUCAUAUAUAUUUCCAAUUAAAGUACAUGAAUAUCUGAUACUUAUAUAUAUGUAAACAAAUAAGUUCUCGCCUCAAACAACUUCACGCGAGAUAACGAAUGGUAUAUCUGUCGUGUAGAAUCUAGUGAGGGAGCAUCUCAGAUUCAAAGAAAACGGUCUAACAAUCGAUUCGGGAGCCUGAUUUUUACAGUCGCUUGUCGCUUAAGGCAGGGGGUUGCUUAAUUCAGACUCUUUUAAUAGUAAAUUACAAUGAGUUGCUAAAUUCAGGGGUCGUUAAGGCAGUCUCGACUGUAUUUGUACUUCUGUUCUUCAAAAUACUGUGCAUGGCUCCUCUAAAGCAUUGAGUUGUACUAUUUUCUCAAAAAUGAAAGCCAAUAUUGCGUAGCCUGUUAUAAGUUAACAUAAUUUACUGUAGAUUAUUUACUGUUUGCUUCACUUUUACUUUGCUUUUCCUAGGCAACAGCUAUGAUAGCGUUUUUAAAAUAAUUUGCACUUGUGUGAGUUAUUUUUAAUUACAUGUCUAUCUUUGGAUAUUUGCAAAAAAAAUUGCAAAUUAUAUAGUUACCUAGUAUACAGUAGCUUGCAUUUGUCAGGUACCAUUUCUCUUAUAUAUCUGUAGAUUUAAGUUUUGUUAUUUGCAGACAUGAUUUUUGUUUUUCUUCUGUCACUUCUGAAUGUAAUCUUGCUUCCUUAUUUUUAUUGUUUUUUGAUAACGCUCCGUUUUUGAUCUGAAUAUGAUCUGUUUGAUGUUUGUUUGUUUUUUCCUAGAUCUGGUAUUUAUUUCUUUCUUAGAGUUGAUACAUACAAUUUACAUAAGUUCACAAAACAAUUUUUCCGAUAGACUUGCAUGCAUUUCUCAUAUUUUGGAAAACAGCACUAUAUCUUAACAUAUUUUACCAGAUUUCAUUAAAAUCACAUAUUAAUGGAGGUAAUACAUUCUCAUUUUAUAUUGCAUUCAUCAAAUGCAACUUCCCUAAUUUUUUCCGAUCAAUAUGUCAGAAAUACACCCAUAAUGAAAUGUGAACAAAAUCUAGCCUUUAUUUAUACAUCUGUGGCAACAGCAAGUGAAAAAUUAGUUUUCAGUAACCUGUCCACCAUUACACAUCCAGAUGGCUCACAUGCUGGUUCUGUGAGAUAUCACUGUAACAGUUUUAUAAAUGUAAGUCUUGAGGAAAAUUUAUACUGUGAACUUUAGUUUGACCUGUAACUGCAUAUAGGAUCUGAAGCAUAUAUAUUUGUGUAAAUGUUUAAAAAAAAUCUGGAAAUAAUUCAAUACAAAAAUGUUAGGUUUGUCCUCGGAAUUAUAGCUAGUUCAUGACAUUUCUGUAUUUUAUUAUUGAAAGCUGUUAAAAUAGGCAAAUUGACUUUACUGGCAAAUGUUAAUGUGCACUGUUGAAUCAGUAAUGGCAGGAGAGGCUCAGGCAUUACCAUUUGACUGCUGUCAUAUAGUAUUGUUAUAUUGUCUGUUUUUGUAUGCAUGCAUGCUUUCGUCCAUGCUGGAUCAUAGUAUAACAUGACCUAAAGCCAUGUUCAAAUGCUAUUAAUUAUAAGUAAAGGUAAAAAGUUAAACAGUUAAACAACUUUUAGAUGGCAUUUCUGUUAAAAUGGCUUCUGUAGACUAUAAAUGUAAAAGAUCUUCAUACCAUUAAUCUCGAAUGAAGAUCAUUCAUAAAUUGGUAAAUUUUACUAAAUAUAAAAUGUAUUAAUGUUUCAAGCUUUUCAGAGUUUGGCAUUUGUACAUUAACCUGGAGGGUUUUGCCUUUACACUAUAGUAAAACUGUUUUGAUUUUGAUAAGCAUCUAUGUCUUGUCUUGUCUGCUUAUGUCAUUAGUUACGUAUAUCUCGCCUGACUUUCUUAGAUAAAUGUAUGAACCUUACAUGAUAAUUUUGUUGGAUAAUGAUAUAAUAAAUAUAGUUUCAUUUUGGUAAUUGACCUUCACAAAACGGAACCAUUUAUGACACGUUGUGACAGUUUUCUUUCAUUUUAAACCUUACAGACUCAACUUCAACCCCUUGGAGAGUGACCAUUCUUUUAUAAAUUGUUAGGCUUUUAAGAUGUAAAAUUUUCUGUAACCAUUGUGUGUGUUAAAAGAGAUUUGUCCUGCAAGUGUUUUAUUAAUAAGUUAUAAGAUUUCCAAUAUUUAAAUUGGUGAUAAUAUAUGUUUUCUUUGUGCUUGUAUUUUUGUUUUAAUUUAUUCAUAUUUAUAGGAAAACUAUUUUUAAUAAUAAAACUUAAUCUGCA